AUGCGGCUCCUACCAACCGUUCUUAGCGCUGUGUCGCUCCUAAUCUCUGUCACCAAUGCCUCUCUCUCGACCGAAAUCCUGUAUUGGCCCUUGGAAUCGCCACAACCGUCCGUCCUCGCGCACGUUUCCUAUGACCCAGUCUCAUUGAAAUCAGACAUAGUCUCAUAUCAACCCCCGAAGGGUGACCAGAGCGACCGUCUGGUGCGUGUUGGUCUCUAUACUUCAACCCCCACAAACAAAAAGCAAUGGGUCGGCAGUCUCGUGUCGUUGUCCUCUUUGACAGCCAGUGAGCAACCAACACUUCGCCUUCACCUAGGCCCAGCCAACGAAGUCUACACUGUCUCCCUGUCUGCAUCGUCUACCAGCACCCAGGUCUCGACAUAUAACCCUCGAAUUGACCUCAUCUCGAAUGAAUCCGGGACACAGCCUCACCUGAACAGGCCAGUGGUUGUCGGGCCCGAUGGUCAAAACCCAGAGCAACCCGAAGAAAAGACUAUUUUGCAAAAAUACUGGUGGGUUCUUUUGAUCAUUACUUUCAUCAGUAUGUCCGGGGGAGGUGGCGGAGAGUAG